AUGGUGAGCUUGUUUAAUAGAGACAAAGAUAGUGGCAUUAUACUUGGUUCAUUGGAAAAAGGUGUCACUGAUGGUCAAUUGGACUCUGACGAGCACACCUCAUCUCAUAAUAAGAACUCUGGUUCUGGUUCUCAAUCUAAAGAGAGAGGAGCCAAUUAUAAUGACAGCGAUAGUGAUCACCACUCAUCAAGUAGUUCCAGUCACACAGACACUGGCCCAUCAGUCCAGAACAACACGGAUAGCCAGCACAAGGAGGACUCGAGCCAUCACAAGGAGGACUCGAGCCAUAGCAAGGACAAGGACAAGGACUCGUCGUCAUCACAAGAUCCAACUCAAUCACAAUCACAAUCAAUGUCGGAAGGAGAAUCCAACAAGUCAUUCCUGUUCCUGUUUGGUAACACUGAAUGGUUUGAACCAUCUGGGAGAGCUGGUAAUUAUUCAUGUGGUACGAACAGGGAUGCAUUUGUUGCUUCAAAUGAUAUGUCUAGAUUGAACGAAGCCGAUGGUAUUAUAUUCUUUGCUUCGGACAUGGCAGAGGGUGACGAGAGUUGGAAGAUCAAAUUGCCAGACUGGUACAAGGGUGUCACAGUGUUGUACUACCUAGAAUCACCGCCAAGCUAUCUAGCUUGGUGCGUCAGGACACCCAGCUGCAUCGAGUACUUCAACUGGACCAUCGGAUACAUGCCCGUGCCCCUCAACGAUAUCAGGGAGUCGUACCUCCACAAACAGGGUUACGACAUAUUCUUGGAGGAGCAACAGAAGAAUCCAUUCAACUUCACCACCGAUGUGAUGGCUUUCAAGGAGAAUGGCAAGGUGGCAUCAUGGAUGAGCAGCUCAUGCAAUUCAGUCGUCGACAACAUAGAGGAGAGUGAUCGUAAUCGCUUUAUGCGAAGGGUCAUGGAGAAGAUGCACGUCGAUAGCUAUGGAUCAUGUUUACAUAACAAGGACUUGCCAGCUGGCGCUGAUCGUUCGGGCCUCGACCCAUUCAGUACAAAGAGCAAAAUUAUCAAUCCUUACAAGUUCUACUUUGCAUUGGAGAACAGUAAUUGUCCAUACUACAUCACGGAGAAGGUUCAACAAUGUCUGUUCCAUGGUAUCGUGCCUGUGUAUAUGGGUCACGAGACUACACUUCAAUACCUGCCACCUGGUUCAUACAUUGACGUCAAGCAAUUCAACACAACACAGCAGUUGGUCGAUCAUCUGAUAUACCUGGACCAGAACGUCGAAGAGUAUCAUAAAUACUUUGCAUGGCGAGAGGAUAUCGAAGUGGUCAAGCGUUGGGGAUCAGAAGAAUUCCUCGGCCGAUCCAAAGCUUAUCACCUGUCCAGAGGUAUAUGA